AGCAUUUGCUUAACAACGUCUGAGAAGGCUGCUGGCUUAAUUUCUACAAAUAUGGGAGAAGUGUCUACGACCACAGAGGAUUACUGGGGAUAUUCUUAUGAAGAUGAAAACUCCACCGGGCCCCCCGAAACAGACAUGAGUUAUGCCCCGUGCUAUCAGGAGGACAUCUACAGUUUUGGACAGAGAUACUCUCCAGUGGUCUACAUGCUGGUGUUCCUCGUGGCUCUGGUUGGGAACGUUCUGGUUCUGUGUGUGAUCCGCCGCUACCGAAACUCUCAGAGCGGAGGAGCCUGCGCCUUCUCUCUAACCGACACCUUCCUGCUCCACCUGGCCAUCUCCGACCUGCUGCUGGCCUUCACCCUGCCGCUGUUCGCAGUCCAGUGGGCUCACCAGUGGGUGUUCGGCCUGGUUGCUUGCAAAAUCUCCGGCGCCCUCUUCUCCCUGAACCGCUACAGUGGCAUCCUCUUCCUGGCCUGCAUCAGCUUCGACCGGUACCUGGCCAUCGUCCACGCUGUCAGCUCCGGCUGGAAACGCAGCACUUGCCAUGCCCAGGUUGCGUGUGCCCUCAUCUGGGUGGUGUGUCUGGGCCUGAGUGGAAUAGACAUCUACUUCAAACAGGUAGUGGCUAUUGGAACUAGGGGAAGUGAGAAGAUGAUGUGCCAGGUGUGGUUCACUGAGAACUCCAACCAGUGGCACGUGGGGCUGCAGCUGGUCAGCCUGGUGUUUGGUUUCGGUCUCCCACUGUUGAUCAUGCUCUACUGCUACAUCCGUAUCUUCAGGUCUCUCUGCAACGCCACUCGCCGCCAAAAACGCAAGUCCCUCAGCCUCAUCGUGUCCUUGGUGUCUGUGUUUGUGGUCUGCUGGGCGCCGUACAACUGCUUCCAGAUGGCAGAAAGGCUGCACCGGAUGGGCUUGGUGGUUGGAGGAUGCCACUUUGGCCACGUGGUGGACAUGGGGAUUGUGAUCACUGAGAGCGUGGGGCUGUCGCACUGCGCCCUGAACCCUCUGCUGUACGGCUUCGUUGGGGUGAAGUUCAGGAGGGAGCUGGCCAGGAUGUGCAAGGGGCUGCUGGGACAGAGAGGCUUCCUGGGGAUGGAGGGGUGGAGGGAGAGGAGGCUCAGGAAAACCAGAGGAUCAUUCAGCUCUGCAGAAAGUGAACACACCUCCUUCUCUGUCAUGGUGUGAUAUUGGUUAGAGGAACAGGAAAAUGUGUAUAAGAAAAUUGCUUACUUAAAACUUUAAAAAUGUUCUCAGAGGGAAAGCGAUACAUUUCAGGUGCUUUGAUAUGUGUUUUUUGUGUGUUUUGUUGCAGCUUCCAACCUACAUUCACAGCCAUUUUUUCAAGUAAAACCAUUAAGUAAGUGUGGAACAAACACUGAAAAAGAACGCCACCUCCGAACAUGUUGAUGUUGCUUUCAUGUAAAGUGUUUUUGUGAGAACGUGUGGAUUUUCAUGUCCAUGGGUCGAAUCUUGUGAAACAUCUGAAUUCCUUCACAACUCUCAAAGUGCGCUAUCAGCAGUAAAGAGGAAGCUUGUGGUUUGUUCCUCAUCAUUACAGCCAGUAGAUGCUUCUUAUCAGAUUUCACACUCAUGUAGUUUGUAAACUCAAAUAAGCUUCAUCUUGUAAAACUGUGAAAAUUGUUGUAAUGGUUUAGUUGGACUUUUCAUUUCCUGUUUUUUUGUUUUUUUUUCAUGAUCCUUGUGCAGCUUUUCUCUCAGCUAAGUUCCUUAAAACUUUGCAAAACAGGAAAUGUAUAAAGAUGAUUUUUAUAAUAAAUAUUUUGGGGUAUCCAUAAAGUGUCGUCUUCAUAUAUCCAUCAACAUCUUAGUGGUCGAAUAACUUGGUUUAAGUAGUGUCAUUCAUUUCAAAUCCUACAGGUAUUAGUACUUUACUUAAGUAUCUUAAUUUUAUGCAACUUGCCACUUCUCCACUACAUCACAGAGGCAAAUUACUGGAUUGUAGUGGAUUGUAUGCAGUGGUGGAAAGUACAUUGACUUAAGUACUGUACUAUACCGUUCAGGUGCUUCUACUUUACUUGACAAUGUUCUUUCUGUUUCAUUUCAUACUUCUACUUCACAACAUUUCUUAGGGAAAAAGUGUACGUUUUACAUACUACAUUUAUCUUUCAGCUUUUGUUACUAGUUCA